AUGAGAACAUGUUGGACUGUAUUGGGUUAUAUUGUUUUCGUUCUACCUCCUCUUAUUAAUGGAACAUUUCGUGAACAAAGUGUUGCUGUAAAAGGUAUAGUGAAUUGUCGUGGAAUACGUCAACCAGGAGCAUUUGUACAACUUUAUGAUGAAGAUGCAAUUCCAAUUUUUGAUAAUGAUGAUUUGCUUGGAUCCGUCACAGCAGAUGAACGUGGAAUAUUUUGCGUUCGUGGUGCAACCACAGAGGUUACCGAUAUUGAACCGUAUAUUUAUAUUGAACAUAAUUGUGGUUAUGAAGGACUUGAUCAGAAGCAUUAUUUCAUUCGUAAUAUUCCUCAUGAAUUUGUGGUUGAAGGUAAUUUCUCGAAAAAAACCUAUCAUAUGGGAGAUAUUGAGCUUCUCACGAAAGAUGCUCCUGUACAACAUUAUCAGCGCCGUAUGCUUAUUCAUCAUUAUGAAUCGCCACAUGAAAAACUGUCCCUACACCAGCAAGUCAUUCAAUGCAUCCCACAUUAUGUAGCCUACAAAGACUACUAUGAAAAAGUAGUCAUCAGCGGCGCUACAACACAAUAUAACAGAUCCGAACUCGAAAAACAAGCCUGGGAUGAUCUAGUGCGCAAAAUAGAAGGACCUCCUAGUCCUCCAGCUCCUCCUCCUUUUCCUCCUCCUCCUCCUCCUUCUCCUCCUCCUCCUCCUCCUCCACCACCACCACCACAACCACUACCACCUACUCCACCGCCUCCUCCUCCACCACCACCAGCUCCUCAAAUCCCGUAUGGUGAAGUCACUCACACUCAUAUUGAGACUCAUACACUUUCCGAGAGCCAUGUUGAAACGCAUCACACUCACAAAGAAACCUAUGAACGGGUUACUCCCGAAUAUAUCGAUAAAGAAAAAGAAUACGGACGAGAAUCAGAAGAAGAACAGCGUCGAAGAGAGGAAGAGGAAAAAAAAGAAGAUGAAAGAAGGAUAGAAGAGCUUCUCAAACAAGAGGAAGAACGAAGGGAAGAAGAGCAGAGAAGAAUCGAAGAAACGCGAAGGUUAGAGGAGCAGAGGAGGAUGGAUGAAGAAAGGAGGUUGACCGAGGAGAGGAAAUUGGAAGAGCAAAGGCGAAUAGAGGAGGAAAGAAGGUUAGAGGAACAUCGAAGGCUAGAGGAGGAAAGACAAAUAGAGGAGCAGCGAAGGCUUGAUGAGGAGAGGAGGUUGGAGGAGCAGAGAAGAAUUGAUGAAGAGAAGAGGCUAGAAGAGGAGCGAAAAGUCGAAGAGGAAAAGAGGCUCGAGGAAGAAAAACCAGAAGUGGAAAAACCGCGGAAGGAGGACCUUAUCACACCAGAAGAACUAGAACGAGAAGAACAGGCACGCUUAAUGGAAGAAGAGAAAUUGAGGAAGCUGGAAGAGGAACAAAGAAGAUUGGAAGAGGAACGACGGCGAUUAGAAGAAGAGAGAUGGAUUGCAGAAGAGAAACGCUUGAAAGAGGAGGAGGAACUGCGCCGAGAAAAAGAUAGAUUUUACGAAGAGCAGCGGAGAAAAGAGGAAGAGCUGAGACGAGAAGAGGAAAGAAUUCGAGAAGAGGAACGGAAAAAAGAAGAAGAAUUACGUCGUGAGGAGGAACGACGACGUGAAGAAGAGUAUCGAAAAGAAAUGGAACUUCGUCGUGAGGAACAUCGACGUCGAUUGGAAGAAUUUAAAAAAUUGGAAGAAGAAAGAAAAUUAGAGAUUGCAAGAUUAGAGCAGGAAAGAAAAUUAUGGAUGGAAAGAGUGAAAGAAAUUGAGGAAAGUCAGAAGAAAAAACAACUUAUACAAAUUAUUUGUUCACGUGAUAACGUUGUACGAACCACUGAAAUUCGUGAAUACACGGAAGGUGAAGAUCCAUGCGAAGGAUACAUAAAAGCAUAG